GGAAUUUGAAGGUUUUUGAGAUGGUGAUGAAUGAUGAAAGUCCAGUUUGGAGUGUUGAAGAGAAGAACCCCGCCCAUCACUCGCAGCUCCAGGCUUGUGCCUUUCAAUAAUCAGCAGAGCGAAAGAAAGAAAGUUUGUUUGUGUUUUUCCUUGUAUCGGCAACGGCGUGUUACGCAAGCAUUCUGUCGUCGCCCGAUCGAGCUGGCCCCCACCAGGCCCAGUCCAACUCUUGCCGAUAGGAUUCAGCCUCUCAGGAGAGCUACUUCUAGAUUGAACGCCCCGCACGAGCAUGGCCAUGACCACCACCAGCGCUACCACUGCGACGUUCCACCCAUUCCCCCGCCUCCCAGUCGAGCUCCGCGCGCGCAUCUGGGAGCUGACGGUCGAGCCCCGCAUCGUCGAGGUGCGCGUCGUCUACCACGACCCGAGCCCCGUCAAGGUGACCGACCCCGACUCGUGGACACCCGAGUGGAUGAAAAAGCGUCUGCCGCCGGUGCGCCACCUGCGCUCGCCCACCCCGGUCCCGGCCCAGCUGCAAACCUGCCGUGCGGCCCGCGAGCACCUGAGCAGGCACCCCCAUGAUGGUGGAUACCAGAAAGCCUUUUCCGACAUCGCGACGACACCCUACGACGGCUUCGACCCCGUGCCCGAGGAUGACCCGCAGGGCGAGCGGGACCGCUACGUCUGGCUCAACUUGGACAUCGACAUGGUCUCGGUCGGGCAGACGGAACUGCGCGAUUUCCGGGCUGUGGCCCGCCAGGUCCGCCGGCUGCGGCUCGAGCGGUCCAUGGGCUGCGAGGUGUUUUCCCACACCGAGUCGAAGCUGAUUGGCCGCUUGUUCGCCAACCUCACCGAGGUUCACCUGAUCUGUCGUGGCUGGGGUAUGAGGUCGGCCUACAGGGUGACCGACGACAUCGACUUUCCCUGCGGGCCCGAGAAUGUGUAUUUUGUGGACCCAGAAGCGAUGGGCGGUAAGAUGAUGAACAGCGUCGAUCUGGAUGCCAUGAUGGACAUGGAGUGCAAGGAGUUUGACGAGCUAGAAGAAGAGGGUUGAAAAGAGAUUCUGACAGCUGUUGGUGGUGGUACUGCUGCUGCUAUAAAGGAGAACUACUUGGCUUGGUUACAUUUCUCUAUGCAAACGAUCCACCCUGAACUGGUACGAGGAGAGGAACAAGUUGAAGUAAGGUACACAGCACAACUCCAUUUCAUCAGAAUACAUAAGGAUGCACUGAAUGCUGCCGAUGUCAAAUAGUCAUGUCUUCCUUCAUACAUUAGAGCCUCAGGGAACCAGUUGAGACUAAGACAAUCAACUCUACCAUCUAUACUCCGAGACCAGUAAUGUGCACGCACAGAGCAGCUGCGGUAAGAUGGUCGCUCAACAUCAUGGAAAUUGGUUGAUCAGUACCUCCGGCAACGGUUGGUCCGGU